CUGGGUUUUCCCUGAAACUAUGGUCCCAAGCCUUUUAACCCAAUAAUCCAGUCCUGUGAGUUGUUUGGAUAUGUCUAGGAAGCCUCCGCACCUGUGCCUCCAUGUGGGUUGUUAUAGACACAGCACGCAGAAACAUGUAUAUACGUAUACCUACAGAUACACCUAUACUUGUGCAUGCUUUUACUCACAUAUGCCUUCCUAUACACAUAUAUGCAUCCAUAUCUAUCUAUGUAACCACGUACGUAUUUUUUGGUUUUUUUUUCUGCUGUCGCAAAAUUGUAUAUGUUAUAGCUUUACUGAAAUUUUCUUUUUACUGCUUUUCUUCCUGUGAGUGAGCAUGUUUCCUUAUUUCUUUGCAUGCCUCGUAAUUUUUUGUUAAAAACUGAACACUUUGAAUAUUAUAAUGUGGCAACUCUGGAAAUCAGAUUCUCCCUGUCCCAGUGGUUUGUCGUUGUUGCUUGUUGUGGGUUGUAGUUGUUUGCUUGUUUAGUCACUUUUCUAAACUACUUUUGUAGCAUCUGUAAUCACUAUCAUGUGACUUUUGAAGUCUGUAUUCCGUUAGCUUAGUGUCAGUGUUUUAACAGUUUUCUUAAACUCUUGGAGCCAAUUUAAAAAAAAAAAACCGAAACAAAAACAUAAAUAUAAAUAACUCUCCUGGUCUUUGUACAUUGAUUCAGUGUUAGGGCAUUACUUAAAGCAGGCUGGUUUAACUUGGCCUUAGCUUUCACUUUCUGCUUGCACAAGCCUAAAGGUCAGUGAGAGGCAUAAGCUUUAGAUCUUCUCUUUUAUUUUGUGAGCAUGCUUCCUGCCCUGGGCAUGUGCCAAUGCCCUUGUUUCUCCAUGUAUCACCUUCCCUCGCAUCUUCUUUCCUAGACUUUUCAGUUGUCUGCUACUUGCCCUGCCUGUUAAUUUAUUGUCCCAGGCAGCUGCAGCUAGUAUGGUUAUCUUAAAAUGCUUUCACUGCUCCAACCCUGAAAAAAUCCUGCUUCAGGUGAAACAAAGGCAAGCCUCUGAUCUGAUACCCUAAGGGAACCAUCAGACAGAUCAAAACACACAAUCACACAAUCACGAUACUUUGAGAACAAGGUCCUUAUUGCCCCCUCUUGGAUCAGCAAGCACACCAAAAGAAUGGGCUGCCACUGGCCUCAGUCAAGCUGAGGAAUAGAUGGAGGUAGGCAAAUAAGUUAAAAUGCCACAACAGUUUCUUACUAAAAUUUACCAGCUUCUUUCUUCCCUAAGCAUUUCCCUGGUGGUUCUCUGUUUUGUUUUUUUUAAAUUUCAGAGUUUUGAAGAAGUUACUUCUGACAGUUUUCCAGUUUAAUUGUUGCCUUAGUAGAGUUAUCUCUAUCAAGUUUUAUUGGAGUUUCCUACUCCGCCGUUUUCAGUGACAUCACCCUAUAAAUUACCGUUUUAAUUGCACACUAGAAUUUAUCAUUGAAGAUUGAUGAAAAAAUGUCACGUUGAUGUUUUAGAACUUGUGUUUUCUGUCGAAAAAAUGAUGACUGCCCUAAUAAAUAUGGAGAAAAGAAAACUAAUGAGAAAUGGAAGCUCACUGUACAUUACUAUUGUUUGUUGAUGUCAAGUGGAAUUUGGCAGAGGGGGAAAGAAGAAGAAGGAGUUUAUGGUUUUCUAAUAGAAGACAUCAGGAAGGAAGUGAAUAGAGCUUCUAAACUGAAAUGCUGUAUUUGCAAGAAAAAUGGUGCUUCUAUUGGAUGUGUUGCACCUCGAUGUAAACGAAGUUAUCAUUAUCCAUGUGGACUUCAGAGAGAAUGUAUUUUCCAAUUUACUGGCAAUUUUGAGUCAUUUUGUUGGAACCAUCGACCUGUUCAAAUUAUUCCACCUAAUAAUUAUAGAGACUCCUUACCAUGUACCAUUUGCUUGGAAUUUAUUGAGCCUAUUCCAACUUACAACAUAUUACGAAGUCCUUGUUGUAAGAAUGCUUGGUUUCAUAGAGAUUGCUUACAGGUUCAAGCAAUAAAUGCAGGAGUGUUUUUCUUUCGGUGCACAAUAUGCAACAACAGUGAUAUAUUUCAGCAAGAGAUGUUGAGAAUGGGAAUUCAUAUUCCUGAAAAAGAUGCAUCUUGGGAAUUAGAGGAAAAUGCUUACCAAGAACUUUUGCAGCACUAUGAGCGUUGUGAUGUCCGGCGAUGUCGUUGCAAAGAAGGACGAGAAUAUAAUGCACCUAAUAGCAAAUGGGAAAUAAAGCGCUGUCAGUGCUGUGGUUCUAGUGGAACACACUUAGCCUGUUCCUCACUACGAUCAUGGGAACAGAAUUGGGAGUGUUUGGAAUGUAGAAGUAUUAUCUACAAUUCAGGAGAUUUCCAAAAAGCCAAAAAACAUGCUCUACCCAAUUCAAAUAGCAUGGGCAUUAAUGAUUGUUUAUUGGAAGAGUCCUCACCUAAGUUACUCAAACAGUCACCUGGAGCUCAGAGUAAAGAUCUGCUGAGGCAAGGCAGCAAAUUUAGAAGAGAAAUUUCAACUAUAUUAAUAGAGAUAGGUUUUCAAAUUAAAAAAAAACCUAAAAAACUGUAUAUCAACAAAGCCAAUAUAUGGAAUAGUGCCUUAGAUGGAUUAAAAAAUCAGAACUUUAAUCCUUCAUUCACAAUUGAAGUAGCAUAUAUUAAUGAAAAUGAUAAGUUUGGAAGAGAGCAUCCUGGAUCAAAGCAAGAAUUCCUAAGUCUCUUAAUGCAACAUCUUGAGAACUCAUCAUUGUUUGAAGGGUCCUUGUCAAAGAACUUAUCUCUUAAUUCUCAAGCUCUGAAAGAGAAUCUUUACUAUGAAGCUGGUAAAAUGCUUGCCAUUUCUUUGGUUCAUGGUGGUCCUUCACCUGGUUUCUUUUCUAAAACCUUAUUUAACUGCCUUGCUUAUGGACCAGAGAAUACCCAACCAAUUUUAGAUGAUGUUUCAGACUUUGAUGUGGUACAAGUUAUAAUCAGGAUAAAUACUGCAACAAAUAUGGACGACUUAAACUCAGCAAUAAAUGAAUGCUAUAACUACCUAAAGCUUAUUGGUUGUCUAAAAGUUACAAGGACUUUAAGUGAUAAAUAUCACUUGGUAAAUGACAUACUUUUCUACCAUGUCAUUAAGAGAGUCCAAGCACCCUUUGAAAGUUUUAAGCAGGGUCUGAAAACUCUUGGUGUAUUAGAGAAAAUUCAGACUUAUCCAGAAGCAUUUUGCAGCAUUCUGUGUCAUAAACCUGAGGCUCCUUCUGCAAAAGUCCUUAGUGAUCUUUUCACAGUCCACACCUUAUCUGAUGUACAAGCUUUGGGAUUUUGGAACACUUACUUACAGACUGUUGAGGGUGGUAAAUCUGCAACAACAAUGGAAGACAUUCUUAUUUUUGCAACUGGUUGUAGUUCCAUUCCACCUACUGGAUUUAAACCCACUCCUUCAAUUGAGUGCCUGCAUAUGGAUUUUCCUAUUGGAAACAAGUGUAAUAACUGUUUAGCUCUUCCAAUGACCAGUACAUAUAAAGAAUUUCAAGAAAAUAUGGACUUUGCCAUAAGAAACACUCUAAGACUAGAAAAGGAAGAAAGUUCUCACUACACUGAACGUUAAAAUGUUUCUUUGAACAAAGCGAUGCUUCUUUAAAAGCUGCUAUUGAUAACUUUGUUUUGUUUCAGAAAUCUAGCCAUCAUCACUUUUGAACAACUUCUUGGCCCAAUAAAAUUUAUGAUAUGAACAUAAAGGAAGGUUUUGGCUGUUUAAGCUAAAAAAAAAUUUUUUUUUGUUAAUGUGUACUAUUCAAAAUUGGUGAUUUUUUCUAUUUUCUUUAUAUACAUCCUUUGUAAACUUCUAUAUAAAUACUUGUAGAAUGGCUGUACAGACUUUCUUCAAGUAUGGUGGUGUACAAUAAUUAGAAAAAAAACUGUUUUAUUCAUUAUUUUUAUAAAUUGUUAACUAUAGGAUGCCACAGUGGUUUUUCUAGUUUUAAGCAAUUUUCAAAUCUUUAUUUUCCUUAUCUUAAAGCAUUAAAUAGAAAACUUAAUUGGUUAAGUCCUGUUAUAUUAUGUAUGUUUUUCAGGAUGGCACCAAGUUGAUUGUUAAAAGUGUUUGAAUAUUACUCAUUUAUAUUAAAAUAACCCUCACUGCAGUUAGAUUUAUACCUAAUGGAAAGUAUUAUUAUAUAAAAAGUAGAAUUGUACAAAUCUUUUGGACUCUAUGAGCAUUGCAUAGGCUUAAAAACACUUCUUCGGUAGAUGGUGUAAUUGAAAAUGCCUAAGAAGGUGAAUCAUUCUUAAAAUCUUGGCUUUAACCAUAGGAAUUUUUUUUUCCCUUUCUAUAUCCCAUGUGUGAUAUUAAAUCAGAGUAUGUCUGAAUGAUCUCUAGGUUGCCAUGUUGUAGGUUUGCCUAUUUGACGUUUAUUAUCAAGAUGGUUGUAUGAUACAGGUAAGCUAAGACAAUAGCAUUAUACAGUUAUUUUCUUUGCUCUUGAAAGAUAUCUGUUAAUACUAUUUCUAUAUAGUAGAAAUAACGUUAAAAAAAAUACAACAAAACAAAAAAUCCACUCUAAUCUCACCACACAGAGAUAGCUACUGUGUUUGUGUAUAUCCUUCUACAAACUCUUUUAAUACUUACAUUUCCUUUCUAAACUCUUUAAUAAAAUACUUAUGUUUCCCUUUUUUUAAUUAAUGCUACUGAAAGUCAAAGAAUACCUAAUUGUAACAAGAUCAUGUAAAACAAUUUGAAAACAUUCCAAUAUCAAAGUUAUGUCUCAAAAGAAAAAAGUAGGAAAAAAAAAGACCUAAUGUAUCAUCAAAUAUAUGUGAGACAAAGCCAUGGUUUUUCACCAAAGUCAAUCAUGAAUUUGGAGAUUUGGAAGGUAAAAUGUUUGUCUUAACCACAUUUUUGUUGCUACAAAAAGUACUUAUGAAUUGUCAUAUUUUUAUCCUUCUUUCCAAGAAGCAUCCUUAAAUUAAUGAUAUUUUUAAAGGAAAAUAUAGGCGUGAUUUGGUAUAGGUGACAUAUAACUUUAAUAUAAAAGGAAAACUAAAACAACAGAAUCCUAGUGUAAUUUUUUUUAUUACCGCGUAUCUUUUCCAAGUUAUACUUACAGACCUAGCAAAUUAAACUUUAACUUGAAGUUUUUAAGAACAUUAAACAAGAAAUUUCUUUGUGAUAAAUUUUGUUGGAUUAUUGACAGUAAGAAAAGAAUUACCAAAAAAGUUUGAACAUCUAAUAUAAACUUAAAACUUGUCAUACAAACUUUUAUCCCAAACAUGUUUAUGAGCUUGAUAUUUUAUUUCUUGACCUCCCUAGUUUUUGUAAGCCUUAAAAAGCCAUUUCACCAAUGCAAACAAAGAAGCCUAAUUAAAGCUGUUUUCUCAUUAUUUGUAGUUUUAAUUAAUGUCCUCUAGUGUGGUAAUUAAAGCUGAUAAUACAAACACACAUACGUUUGGAGGGAGGGGGUGGGUGUGCUUGGCUUGGCUACAACUAAAGAUAGUAUUUCAACUCCUUGUUUCACUUGUUUGUAGACAGGGCCUUAGGGAUGAGAUGUGUAAAUAAUACUUUAGGAUAUUCACACUGUAAAGAUAAGUGGAAAUACUCAUUGUGCAAAAUGAGUUCUGACUGAAGGAUGGUCCAUUAAUAUAAUUUUUAGAUUACUCUGUAUUGUCAAGACGUAUCAGAAACCAGCAUGCCAUUUUCUACAGUGUUACUGUGUUAAAUGGUUGGCAUUAUGAUUGCUGUUUGUUUUAGCCAGUGCAGAAUUCUUACUGACAUUGAAUUUUACAAAUUAUGUUAUAAACCUUUAUAAUGUGUAUAUGUAUUUCUUAAAUAUUUUAAUCGUCUAAAUGCCAUACAUUUUAAGCUUGUUUUUCUAUUCCUGUCAAUAUUGAGGAAAACCAUAAAUUGACCUAUAAUCCAUUUCUACUGUUAAUGGUUUUUCGUUAGUUUAUAUUUAUUGUUUUCAAAAGGUUUUUAGUGUGGGAACUUCAUCUGAAGAUCCUUUCUACAGUUCUCUACUAUUUUUGUAGUUAGUCAUUUUCCUUUUUAGUAUUUGUUAAGGUAAAGAUUCUUUAAAAUAUCUCACCAGAAACUAUAUAUAUAUAAAAAAAAUAAGCCAUUUUUAGCUUGGGUUAAGUAAAAAGCCUUCAUUUGAUUACCAACCUGAGAAUUCACUUUGGCUUCUAAUUUACACACACACACGCACACGCGUUUCCCCUGCUAUCCGAAAGUAGAGUGUCCCUGUGAAAACUUUUGUAAGCCAAAAUGGUGUACAGAGAAGCAAUUACCAUUAAUUUAUAUGGCAAAAUUUUUUGAGCAUUCCCAAACUCAAAAAAUAACAUACCAAAUAACACAUAAAACCUAAAGUAACACUAACAUAUAGUAAAAGCAGGAAUGAUAAAUACACAGCCUAUAUAAAGUAGAAAUAAUGAAUGUACAGUUGUAGUUUCACUUACCAGAAUGGGAAAGACAGCAAGCACACCGCAAGGCUAAGCGUAACACCCUUAGGAGCUCUUAGGCCGUUCUGGUAACUUAGGACAGAUGUACAAAAUAAAUCAA